AUGUUCAAAGAACAAAGUCAAGAUCGGAAUAUUGAUGAUAUUGACUGUAAUAAUUCAACUUCUUCGAAUCGAUUGAUUAAAGCUAAAAUCAGUUCGGCGAUAUCAAAAUCAAAAAAAAUUAAUGUUACCAAUAAAAAAUUGACAAUGUAUUUCGAUAAAGUGGUCGGGACAUUAAGUAAUAUAUCUGAUAUUAAGAAAAAGUCUGAUGAAAUAAAUGUAUCACAGAAUGAAGAAAGAACUGAAUGUCAAAACACUGAAAGGCAACUUGAUAAUGAAACUAUCACGACUAAAUUUAGUAUUAGUGCUGUCACUACUAACAGUAAUAUUAGUAGUGUUGAUAGUUGUACUGAAAUUAAGAGUUAUGGUGAUAAUGAUAAUGCGUUUCACAAUCCGAUCAAGAAUGAAGCAACAAGUAAUCAUUGCCAACACCAACAUCAAAAUAAUCACCAUAAAAAUGAAAUUAAUGCAACAAAUGAGGAAAUUCCAGUUUCACCGAGUAGUCUCACAGGUCAAUCCAGUAGUUUUUCUCAUUUGAAUACAUCAUCUCCAAUGUCAUAUGGUGAUGAAAUGAAUUCCAUUCCUGUAACCAGUUCAAUAGAUGAUUUACUUAGUUUAGAUCAAUAUGAUCAAGAUGACAGUAUGUUGAAGGACUUUUCAUCACAAAAUCAGUAUUCCAUUGAUAGAACAAAUAAUUCAAGUUUGGAAAGAUGGUUAUCGCAAUCUGAAUUACUGAGGUGCAAUACAAGAGUAAAACAGCAUUUUCCAAGAGAUGGUUAUUUCUGGUCAGUCGCAUUAUUUAUCAAACUUGGUACGAAAUUAGUCCCCACUAGCCCAAAAGGUAAAACUAAUCCAUAUGUAAAAAUCAAGCACAAUGGAAGUGUUUUAGCUAGAAGUCGAAUGAUUCCAAAUAGUUGUAAUCCUAUAUGGGAUGAAAAAUUUUGGUUUCGUUUAUGGAGCUUAGAUACGCCAAUAGAGUUGAAGGUCUAUCAUCGUGAUCCAUUUAAAAAGGAUUCUUACAUUGGUCGGACGCAAUUCGGGCUAGUGGAUUUAGAUUUAGACAAAGAAUAUGAAUUUUUAUCAAAAUUAGAAAAUGAUCUCAAUAAAAGUAUGAAUUCAGGUGAAAUUAAAUUCUAUGUAACAUUAAGUGAAAUUAGUGAAACUUUUAUUGAUAAUUCAGAGUGUAAAAAAUUGAAAAAGAAAAUGAGAGAAGAAAAAUCUCGUGUAUUUGCUACGGAAUUCUCAUCACAAAUUCCUGCUACAACCACAUCAACGCUCACUCAAUCUGAUAAUUAUUCUGUAGCAGAAAAUAUCGAUGUACCAACUUUACGUUCAGGAAUUAUUAAUAAUUCAGUUACACGUUCUCAGCAAUAUAAUCCACAAUCUAAUCAAUCAAACCAUGAUUCAACAGAAAUCGUGGAUUUCAUAGAAGACUUACAAAACGAUGAUGGGCAACCAAAUUUUUCAAAACAAGGAGACAAAUCUUUACAAAAUCGUGUUGAAGACAACUGGACGGAACGAAAUCAAUCUCUACUACCUCAACCUAAAUGGCCGUAUAAUUUUUAUGAAGGUACUAGCCUAGAGUUGUACACUAGCAAAUGUCAAGGUGAUACGAAUGAAAGUAUUGAUAAACUAUAUACAUUGAAUAAUGAAAUACAAAUGGAGAGUUUGUUUCAACAAUCCCGUUUAAUAGUUACGUUGGUCGGUGCAAAAAAUUUAAAAGUUCGAACUAAACUAAAGAAUGUUGUUGCUGUCAGUGAGGCCGAUAGUUGUAAAGCACCACGUGGUCGAUCAACAAGAAGCCAUCCAGAUCAUACACUAAAUGGUUUGGAUGAAGAAAAAAACAAUUUACCUUGUCCAACAGUGUUUUUAACUGUUGGAACCAAAACACAUCAAAGUAAAGUUGUAAUGCAUACAAAAAAUCCAUUAUGGAAUGAACGAUUUGAAUUUCGUGUUCGUCCUGGAAUGAGAACAGUACUUCAGUGUGAAGUAUUUGAUGACUCACAUCAAAAUACCAAUCUGCUCGGUCGAUUUUAUUUAGAUUUUUCGAAAAUUGUCCUUGACUGGACAACAUGUUUCACACUGAAUAAUCAAGAUGGUCGAGGUCAUGGUGAAUUACAUAUUUUAGCUACAAUGACCGGAUUAUUUCCAAUUUCCAAUGCCACUAUUCCUAGAACAUUUUCAUCAGAUCAGUUAAAAUUAGAAACUGAUUCAAUUUAUGGUGAUUUGUCUAAAGAAUCUAUUUCGAAAAGCACAUUAGAUCAAAUAGCUGAAUAUUAUAAAAUUAGAAAUACACUUCGAAAAUGGUCAGAUGUCGGUUGGUUACAUAUUGUUGUAAAUCGAGCGUCUAAUUUGCCAGCAAAAGAUCGAAGUGGAAAAUCUAAUGUUUUCUGUGAAAUAAGACUUGUUAAUCGAGUUGUACGAACAUUCACAGCACAAAAGAAUGCUAAUCCUGCAUGGAAUCAAGCAUUUGUAUUUCCAAUUGAAGAUAUGUAUUCUGUUUUGGAAGUACAUGUCUAUGAAGAAGGCAAAGAGUCAUCUGAAUUAACAGGAUGUAUUUCAUUUCCGCUCAUACAACUUGUUAAUCGUAGACAGAAAUGGUAUGCAUUAAAAGACAAAUCAUUGACUACAUUAGCUAAAGGUUCUAUUCUACUACAGACUAUUAUUAUUUUCAAUCCUCUUAAAGCUUCAAUUCGUGCAUUAUAUCCUAAAGAAAAACGUCUAUUUGUUGAAGAUAGUAAAGUUAAACUACGGGAUUUUACAAAGAAGCAUUUACCUCUCUUACAACGCAAUAUUGAUCGUCUUACACCGUAUGUAGAUUAUAUAAAAAAAAGUGGACAAGCUUUUCAUAAACUUUAUGCAUGGGAAAGACCAUUUGUAUCAUUAAUCAGUUUGAUAACAUUUGAAUUGGCUGUUUUAUAUUUUCAACCAUAUAUGAUUGGUUUCCUCUUAGCUUUAUUUAUGAUCAUCAUGUUGAUUGUCCCAAGGAUAUAUUCCACUUCAUCAUUAUUAUUAUCUCCAACAUCAAUAAAUUUUCUUCGAUUUUCUAGAUCUAAAGAUUCAGAUAGUGAGGAGAAUGAAGACGAUGAAGACAUCAUUGAUCCAGAGAUUUAUGGUGACUACUCUGAUAUGGAUGAUGAAGAUGAAGCAAUUUUAAAGAGAAAAAAAGAUAAAAAAACUAGUUUAGCAGCAAAGUUAAAUAAGAUUCGUUCUGUACUCGGAACAUUGCAAGAUAUUGCUGAAUGGAUAACAUCAUUCUUCGAACGAUUGAAUUAUUUAUGCAGAUGGAGAUAUCCUUCUUUGAGUUGUUUAUUCUUGGUGACUAUUUUAAUGAUUUCAAUAAUGCUCUAUUUCAUACCUUUACGAUAUAUUAUUUUUGGAUAUACUCUGAAAAAGUUCACACGUAGAAUGCGCAAUCGACAAAGACCGUCUACUACAUUAUUUAUGGGUAUUUUAAAUAGAGUUCCUAGUAGAAUGGAGAAGAUUUAUUACAGAGAAUUAAGACCUUUAUCUACUCCACCAGCUGAAAUAAGACAAUCAAAUGUGUUAUCAACUACCAAGGUAGGAGGAGUACAAGGUUGUCCAGGAACGAAUGGUUAUCAAAGUAAUGUGGAAUGAUGCACAAAUAUUCCUGGAAUAUACAUAUACAUACAGACAUAUAUAUAUACAUAAUAUUAAACAUAGUAUUGACUUUAUUGAUUUUAUCAAUACUUCUUUUCUUUUAACCUUUUAUGACAUCAUCAAUCACUAUUUCACAGCUGACAGUAAUC